AUGAGCAGUUUUUGGUGUGCGAUCCUUUCAGCAUUGGGAGGGUACACUCUCACCUCGUUAUACCUGCUCAAGAAUCCCCACAUUCGUCAUAAGACGAAGUGCAUGGGCUUCUACGGUACACGCAUCUCCCACAGAGGAGGAUGUGGAGACCGUAUAGAAAGCACCAUGGAGGCCUUCACUCACGCAAUUUCGCAGGGAACACUGAUGCUGGAACUGGACUGUCACUUGACGCAUGACGGACAUGUGGUGGUGUCACAUGAUGAGAAUCUAUUGAGGCAGACGGGCCAUGACAUCACCAUCUCUUCAGUCAGCAUGCAGGAUUUACCUUUGUACAAGGAGAGGCUUGAAUUGACUUUUUAUUCAGGUCACUACAGCAGUGGUUCCGACAGGAAGUUUACUUUGGUGGAGGAUGUGUUCAGACAGUUCCCGGAGAUCCCAAUCAGCAUUGAGAUUAAAGAAAACAACAGCCAGCUAAUAGAAAAGGUUUCUGAGCUGGUCAAACGCUACCGCAGGGAGGACAUCACUGUCUGGACGUCUGUGAGCUCAAGAAUCAUGAACAAGUGCCGCAAAACGAGUGAGGACUUCUGGAACCAAAAGAGCAUCCGGGAAUUUUUGAUACACUUCAAUGUGGGUUUACCUAACAAAGUUGUCCUCGGCCUGCUGCCCUUUGUGCCGCUGGGAGAGAGUGCACUGCAGUUCUACCUGCCGCGCAUAAUCAACAGGACGUUUAUUCCUGAGAAGAACAUUUUGAGGAACAGCUUGAUCGUCACUUUAAUAGAAAAAGUAACUAUGAGGAAGAGUCUCUUUAAACGCGUUGCAGCCCGUGGAAUUCAGGUCCAUUUGUUUGUGUGCAACACAGAUGAAGACAUAAGAGCGGCAUUCGAAGUGGGGGCAACGGGGGUGAUGAGUGACUACCCCUCGCUCUUAUCAAGCUAUCUCUUAAGAAGCACUCAAGAGGAGUAACCUCUCCACGUCCAACCGCAAUACCCCAUAAAUGGCAGCUGCACGAAGACUGAAAAAGACUGAAUGCGUGAAGCUAAUAUUAAGUGUCAGAACAGUCUGCCAAGUUUUUCAGAAUUACUCACAUAUGUAUGAUGUAUGACUCAUCUCCACAGUCUCCACCACAUGACCUAACAAUUCAUUACUGAUGAUACGACUGUGAUUAAUUUAUUUGAAUUAUUUAUCUUCUGUACUAAACAGAUGAUUAAUCAAUUAUAUGUUUGAAUGUGAUAGCAUAAUUAGAACAGUAACACAAAAAAGCAAAUAUAUAUAUAUAUAUAUAUAUAUAUAUAAAGAAUGUGUACACUUUUCCAGGCCAUGGUCAAAGUCUGACCACAUUGCUGUGGUACUAAUCAAACAGUCUCUAGACAGAGAACAAAGGCUGCAUUUUUCUGAAUUGAUUGGCUUUGCCUUGCAAUGGGACAAGUGGGUUAAUGGAAUAUGAAUGGGUCAUUGCGGAGCCAUGUCAACGUUACAAAGAGAAAAGUUGUUAUUCCAACUGCAAAUUCAGCUUGCUUGUGUGCAAAGCUUUAAAAUUACAUAACGACACUUCACGAAUUACCCCAACAAAAAGAAAAGUGCAAACUUUUUUUUAUUCUGAUCAAAAGUCUAAUGGUUUUGUUAAUGUGGCAUGGUUGGUUCUUUGGGAGAUGCGUGGCUGUGAGUCUGUUGGUAGAACGGGUCUUCCACUGACGAAAGGGUUCGGUGGUUUGAAUCCUGGCUCCGACUAUCCACUGUUGAUGUAUCCUUGGGCAAGACACUGAACCCUAAAUUGUCACCAGGUUUGCAUCGUAAUGAGAGACUGUUCUCAAUUGCUUUACAUGGUUAAACAAAGGAAUUUAUGAAACGUUAUCUGCAAUGGUGGCAUAAAUAACAUAACAGCAAAUUACAUUUGUUGGAAGAGAAAGAUUUUGUGUCUAGCAGACACGGGUGUCGAAUUCAUUUUUGUCACAUGCCACAUUGUAGCUCUGUAAACAAUGUGAACCAUAUAAUUGCCUCGUCAUAGUACUACACACACAACAAAUUGAUGGAUAACUAGUUUGGAAAUAAUGUUGGAAAAUGCUUUGUUCGAAAAUUUCUUUUAAAAAGGGAUUUGGUAACAAAAAAAUGCUUGCAAUCCCUCAACAUUAUAAAAAGUGAAAACAAGUUGCAAUUUCAGUGCAGAUUUGAGCAAGAAACAUGAUUUGUUUGAGCGGGCCACAUAAAAUGAUGUGGUGGGCCCAUUGAGUUUGGUGCACAUUGUCUAGGCUUAAUGAGACUUUUCCAUUUUUGUUUUAAUCUUUGCACUUAUUUUGAGCAAGGUUUAUCCAACACAGUAAGUACAUAAUACAAUAAGGACACUCUGUGGUCACAGCUUACAGCAAUACAUUAAUGUGAAACUGACAUGAAUGUAUAAAUUUCCUCUUUCAAGUGAAUAGAAA